AUGGCUGCACAUAGGCUUCAGAGAUAUGCAGUGUUUUUAUCAGGGUACUCAUAUAAAAUUGAAUUUAUUAAUGGGGUGAAUAAUGGUAAUGCUGAUGCCUUAUCUAGAUUACCUAUCAAAGAUUCGGAUAACAUUAAUGAUGCUGAGAGUGAUAAUUUUUUUAUUAAUUUAAUAAUGACAAAUAUAAAAUCAAUUACUGAUUUAGAUAUUUGUACAGAAAUUAAGGAAGAUAAAGUGCUACGUGAAGUUUAUUUUAGGGUAUUAUCUAAUAAAUGGCCAGAUAAGAUCAAAAAAGUAAAGGAUGAAUUAAAGCCUUAUUUUAAUCGAAAAAAUGAAUUAACCAUUGAAGUAGGGUGUUUGUUAUGGGGACAUAGAAUAGUAGUACCUGGUAAAUUCCAAAAGGAAUUAUUAAAUGAGUUACAUCAUACGCAUAUGGGCACGGUUAAGAUGAAGUCUGUGGCUAGGUCAUAUAUCUGGUGGCCUGGUAUUGAUUAUGACAUACAGAACAUCACAAAAAGUUGUGUUGCUUGUUUAGCUAAUAGUAAUAAUCCACCUAAAAGUGUAUUACAUAGUUGGCCCUGGCCAGAAGGACCAUCACAACGUAUACAUUUAGAUUUUCUGGGACCUGUAGAUGGUAAAAUGUUCAUAGUGAUAAUUGAUGCUUUUUCAAAGUGGUUAUAUGUUAAACAUUUACUUAAUAUUACUACAGUAUCAACUAUCAAAGUGUUAAGGGAAUAUUUUUCUAUUUGGGGAAUUCCAAAAAAAUUAGUCACUGACAACGGACCUUCUUUAUGUUCUUAUGAAAUGGAAGAGUUUUUAAAAAUUAAUGGUGUUACACAUAUUAAGACUCCACCAUAUAGUCCUUCGACUAAUGGAGCUGCAGAAAAUGCAGUCAAAACCUUUAAAAUGUUUCUUAAAAAGUGUGCAAAAAAUUCAGAUAUAGAAGACAACAUAAGUAAAUUUAUUCUAGCAUACAAUAGUACAAAUCAUUGUUCAACUGGGGUGAGUCCUGCAGAGUUACACAUUGGUAGACAGUUGAAUAUAGCAUUGGAUAGGUUAAUAGUCAAGGCAAAAUAUAAUUAUACAAAAAGCUUAGAAAGAGCCAAGGAAAAUUAUAAGGGUGGUAGAACAAAAUCGUACGAAAUUGGAGAUGAGGUUAUGUGUAGGAAUUAUGGAGAAGGGAAUAAGUGGAUACAGGGAAAAAUUAUACAACAAUUAUCACCUGUUACAUACUUAAUUAAAAUUAUUAAGGGUAACAUUUAUAAGCGACAUUUAAACCAAAUAAUUGAUUGUAUGAAUAAAAAUGGAACAGAAGUAGAAAUUAAUGGAGAUUUAUUAGAAGAAUUACAAAAUGCUGAUAAUAAUAAGGGUAAUAUUAAAGAACAAAUAGUUAUAAGUGAAAGUGUUAAAGAGGCAGAAAAAGAAGUAGAAUUGGAAACAGAGGAUAAAGUUGAGGGGGUGGAAUUGAGGAAAAGCCGUAGGGUUAUUAAACCUCCUGUUCGUUUAGAUUUAUAG